ACCGGCGAUUUGACCACAACACGAAAGCUUAACACCAAUCGAAACCACCAACCAACCAUGUUGGAUUCAAAGCCCCAGGAGCCACUAGAGAAGGUGGUGAACACCAAGAAAAAGAGUCUUCUAGAUCUCAAAUCUCUUCUAGAAGACAGAGGAGGCACCAUACCUAGUAAUGGGUGUAAAAGAAGAGUCAUUUCGGAGGACGAGUUUAGCAAUAAUAGUGUUAAUCAGUUAGACAAUAAAGUUAGUUUUCGUGAUACAACUCUUAGUGUUAGCAAUACAAGGUGUAGUGGGAGGUUUAGGGGGUGCUGUAGACUUAAGACGUUAUUGUUUGUGUUGUUUGUUGGCUGUUUUGUUGAUACCAGGCUGCCAGCUGAAGCGAGGAGUUCAGAACCAAGAUAUGAAACAGCGUAUGCGUGUGAAGGGAAGACUUUGAAGAUCGGUUGCGGCGAGGGCUCAGUCAUACACCUCAUCAGAGCGAACUACGGAAGGUUCUCAAUUACCAUCUGCAACGACCAUGGCAACACCGACUGGAGCGUCAACUGCAUGAGUACGAGGAGUUUACGGGUUUUACAUAGCAGAUGCAGUAUGCACCAGAAUUGUAGUAUAUUGGCCAGCACGAACAUGUUCGGCGACCCUUGUCCGAACACGCUGAAGUACUUAGAAGCGCACUACCAGUGUGUACCAGCAUCAACAACCAGUACAACUACGAGGCCCUCCCCUCCAUGGUUAAUAACCUCCCAGCCAACAGUGUGGAGAUCGACCGCACCGCCAGUACCUAAAAGCCCAGUGCUCUCGCCGCAAGAGAAGAAGAAACCUACUGUGAUCACCCCGCCAACAUUUAGACCUCACAUAACACUACCUCCAGAAGUACAGUUUGGAAAUAUUGGUACCAAGAAAACAACAACAAGGCAACCAGAUUCAUCGUCUGAAAGAGAACCACCACAAGUAGAGAAAAUACCAGAUGUCAAAGAAGAAACACCGAAGGUUGCUGAACCAGACAGCAGUCCGAAAAUUGACAAACCCAAACAAAAAGAUGAUGACAAUUCUGCAGUAACUGAUGAGACUCUCCAUUGGGCGCCGAAAGAUGAAGUUGCAGACCCAACCGUACAUAUGCCUAAAGAUAAUAGACCACAGGAAACCGAUGCUAUGGAUGAAUUUGAUAAGGCAUUUUCUACUAUUGCUACACCAGCCAUAGGUAGGCGAACCUACUGUCCCCAAAUCAACGCUCGUGGUCUUCAUUGGAACUGGACUCUGGCUGGAACUUACGCAGUGCAACCUUGUCCUGGCGGCGCAACCGGCUUGGCGAGAUGGAAAUGUACUCUCACAUCCCAUUCGUACAUUGAAGAAGAAAGACCAAGAAGACGCGGGAGUUCAGGACUCCAAUCAGGAGAAAACUAUCAUGACCUUGGUCUAGAUCAGCCGAACGAGAGACAAAUGCAACUACUUAGAAGACUGGGCUCAGAAGCUUUACUAAAAGGUCGUGACGGCGAUUCCCCUGAACAUAUGAUCGACUACCGCGGCGCGGCUACUCUGCCCGAUGCCCAAGCUAGCCAUAACCUCAUCUCCAAUGGAGAUAUGAUUUAUUCGGAUUCGAUACCAGAAUGGCAUGGCGCUACACCAGAUCUCAGCGAAUGCAGAUCAGUUUGGCUGAACAGCUUAGAAGCCCGGGUCAGAGAAGGCGAAUCACUUUUAAGCAUUAGCAACGAUUUAGCACAGGUGACUUCAUCAAAAACCCUUUACGGCGGCGACAUGAUGACCACAACCAGUAUAAUGAAGAAGCUCGCACAGCGUAUGGCGAAAAACGUACAGACAUUUCCAGAUCCGCGACAAAAAGAGGCUAUUGUUACUGAUAUGCUGCUUGGGGUUAUUAAAACCGGCUCAAAUCUGCUAGAGGAAAGCCAACGUGCGUCCUGGUCAGAUCUUACCAUAGACGCACAGAAUAGAGUAGCAAGUGCUCUACUAACACAGCUCGAAGAAAACGCGUUUCUAUUAGCAGACGCUGUAACCAAAGAGAAGACCAUCUUGCAGAUUGUGAAGAAUAUUUGUCUUUCCGUAAGAGUUCUAGAAGUGAAGAAUGUUGAAGACGAAACAUUUCCAUCGGCUAUCGCUCAUGAACAAUGGAAAGCUUCUGAGGAUACGAUUACCAUACCCAAAGCUGCUUUACUAGAAAAUCACCUGUCGUCAGUCGACCUAGUCAGGAUAGUCUUCUUUGCUUUCGAUCGUCUAGAAGAGAUCCUUCCGCCUACAUUCGGGAAGAGUCCACAAUUCGCCGCCUACACUUCCGACCCAGCCUCUUCCACCAGCAUAAACUCUGAAAGGGAAAAGAAGAACAUCACAAGAAUUCUAAACUCUAAGGUCAUAUCGGCAAGUUUAGGGAAUGGUAGACACAUCCAACUCUCACAAAUGGUACGCCUCACUAUGAAACAUUUGAAAACUGAGAACGUCACUAACCCAGCCUGCGUCUUCUGGGAUUACACUUUACAUGGCUGGUCCCACGAAGGUUGCCAAGUGGAAUGGUCGAACCUAACGCACACAGGUUGCGCGUGCUCCCAUCUCACUAAUUUCGCGAUACUGAUGGACGUACACGGCGUAACCUUGAGCGCAACCCAUCAGAUGGCGUUGCGUUUGGUCACAGUUAUUGGUUGCGCGAUCUCCGCGGUUGCGCUACUGGCCGCCAUUAUUGUGUUCCAGUGUUUCAGGAACAUGAAGUCGGAUCGCGUAUUAAUUCACAAGAAUCUGUGCGCGUGUCUGCUAGUCGCUGAGGUGGUGUUUUUAUGUGGCAUCGACCAAACACAGGACAGGAUAAUGUGCGGCAUCAUCGCUGGAUUAUUACACUAUUUCUUCUUGGCAGCCUUCGCUUGGAUGUUUCUAGAAGGUUUUCACCUGUACGCGAUGUUAGUGGAGGUAUUCGAGCCAGAGCGACCUAGGGCUCGAUGGUACUGCGCGGGAGCUUACCUGGCCCCGGCACUCGUGGUACUGGCAUCAGCCUCGUCGUUUCCGACGGGGUACGGAACACCGCACCAAUGCUGGCUGACAACGGAGAGGUGGUUUAUUCUAAGCUUCGUUGUGCCAGCCGGUUUGGUUCUACUGGCCAAUUGGUUAUGCUUGAUCUUCGUGAGCUAUUUGAUGUGUCGCCAUUCUACGGUCUCCAUCAAAGCCAAAGAAAACUCCAAAUUAUAUAAAAUAAAAGUAUGGCUGAACAGUUCGGUGGUACUGGCAGUCCUUCUGGGGCUGACGUGGACUUUCGGCUUGUUGUACCUGAACGAGCAGAGUGUGGGCGUUGCGUACACCUUCACGAUACUGAACUCGCUGCAAGGGCUGUUCAUAUUCAUCUUCUACUGCUUGCAGAAUGAAAUUUUCCAGAAAGAAUGCGCCCGUCUCUGUCGCCGCCAUCCGUGGCUAUCUUGCUGUCUCACUCUAACGGGCACCCCGCCAACUCAGUCGUCAAACCACGUCGACACCCGACAGGGUUCAGUCAAAAGCAGACGCUACCAUCAAAGCACGGCUGAUAAUGAAGAUGUUGUUGAUCCGAGAGACGUCACGAGCUACAGUUUACAACCCGAGGUGUCACGAUGGAAUAUCCGACCGACUGCGCCAAUUUAUGUACCGAACGAAGACGUAAGGAUCGCACGAGCUCCCACCCCACAGAACAUACCGCAUAGCUCAUCUCACUCCCACAGCAUUGCUUCAAUGCAUAGCUACAGGAAUAAUAUUGAAGUGCCGAGCGAUUACCAGAACCUACGAUCACGGUCGCCAUCUUGUUAUUCGAACAAAAUGGCGGCGUCGAUUGGCACGAACGACUGGGCGCUAGUCGCGAAUACGAGCGGCAAUGUAUGGAAGAACACUUCUUCUAAGCAUCACCCAGGGAAUACCGCAACGCUUCCCCACCACGAUACGCUGUCUCGUCAAAUGGCUCAGCAAAGUCACAUUCACAGUCCUUACCCCGAGUGUGACGGUCAACUCGCCCCCGGCUCCCCGCGCCACGUCAUCAAAGAUGAAGAGAGCCCUCUUCACUACCCUCAAGGUCAUCAAACCACCAGAAGCUACAAUCACGACUUCAGGAACCCACACGUGUACAUGUCCCAGCACUCCCCUGGCAGUCAGGAAAUGAUAUUCCGGAAGCAUUACAAAGACGAGAAUCGGCGCAAACACCAUCACCACCAUGGCAGCCAGAACGUUAAUCACACGUACUCGGAAAUCGCCUCCCAACAGGGAAGGUUAUACAGGCGAGGUUCGGAGGAGUUUCGCGUGAUCCAAGACGACCCAGUUUAUGAGGAAAUCGAGAGGAAUGAGACCCUGAUGUCGGAUAUAUCUGACGAUAAUUCUGGUCCUGAUAACUGCAGGCAGAAUCCCGGACACCACGGCUCGUCAAGCUCCAAGUUUUUUGGUGAUCAUCGGCCCCUGAUUUCUUAUAGUCCGGGGGAAAGACAUCACCAUGAGCAGGAUCAUUAUGGGAAAUAUGGUAAAUGGGACACUUUGGAACGGACUUAUGACCCGAGGCACGCUUACGAGAGCGGCAGAUUGAUGCAUCCAUACCAUCAGCCACAAGAGAACAACAUGAGGGCAUUGGCAGCCGUUCUCAACGGAGAAAACAAUGUGGUAUGUCACUUGGAACCGCACAACUCUUAUGACGUCUACCAGCCACAGGCUGGCAAUCCCAGAACUGUAUCGCAACCCAGUUUCUAAACUAACCCGAUGAUUUCCGAUCGGUUCAUGUUUAACGAGUGAUAGUGAUUUCGAACGUUUAAUGACAUUGGAGAUAUUGUACAGAUAUAGCGAAUGAAUUUUUCUAUGAACGUAGACAUAGAAGUUUUAGUGUCACAAUUGAGUGAUAGCGUUUAUGUAGAUCCUUGCCAUAACGUGGACUUUAAAUUACAUAUAUUAUAUUUAUAGACGGUUAGAUGUAAACGUAAGUUUAAAUCACUUUUUCCACUGUGAUCCUAUUUAAAUAUUUCGGCUCAACUUCAGUGUCGCGACCACGUUUCGUUUGUAUCGCUGUCGAGCGAUUUUGUAUAUAUUUAGCGUUUAGAAAUAGAUUUGUAUAACUUCCUGUGUGACCUUACUAUUUCUACUAUCGGAGGAUAUCAUUCGGAAACAUGGCAUUUUUCAGUAGUGCAUUUUAUUAUUAGGUUUGAAAAUCUGUGAUGUUUCAUUUUUAAGUUUUAAGUUUCUUUUACGCCUUUGACAAAUUCACUGCCAUUUCAACAUGGGUGAUUUGUAUUGCGUCACAAAAAAAUAUUUCAAAGAGAGUUGAGAUGAUCUUUAGUGGCUUAUCAUUAACCACUUUUUGUUUCAUAUCUCUUCAUAGCUAUCGCAAUUUUAAACAACUCUCCAAAAGGACAGAAUCCACGUGUAACAUUUUUGGACCAAAACUGAAAAUAUGGGCUGAGAAUGAAAUGUGUAUUUUGUUAAAACUAGCUCUCCUAAACAUUUUUUUUUAUUACAACAAAGAUUCUGAUGACUUAUUUUCCACUUAUCCUUAUAAACAACUAUAUGAUACCUUCCUUUUGUGAGGAAAUGGCGGAUAUGUUUCUUA